AUGGCGGAGCUGGUGGCCACCGUGGUGGUCGGACCACUGCUCUCCAUUCUCAACGAUAAGGUAUCCAGCAGCCUGCUCGACCAGUACAAGGUGAUGAAAGGCAUGGAGGAGCAACAGGAGAUCCUGAUGCGUAAGCUUCCUGCCAUUCUGGACAUCAUCGAUGACGCUGAGAAGGAAGCAUCCCUGAGAAGAGGUGCAGCGGCAUGGCUCGAGGCCAUCAAGAAGGUGGCUUACGAGGCCAAUGAAGUCUUUGAUGAGUUCAAGUACGAGGCACUUCGCCGCAAGGCCAAAAAGGAGGGACACUACAAGGAGCUUGGCUUUGAUGUGGUAAAACUCUUUCCCACCCACAACCGUUUUGUGUUCCGGAACAGGAUGGGAAGAAAGCUCCGCAAGAUUGUGCAGGCCAUCGAGGUCCUUGUCACCGAAAUGAACGCCUUUGGCUUCAAGUAUCAGAAGAAAAAGACGCUAGUCUCCAGUCAGUUGCGGCAGACGGGUCAUGCUAACGCUAACCCAGAGGAAAUCAAGAAAAUCAUCAGCCAAUCCAGAGACAACGAUAAGAAUGAAAUUGUUAGUAGACUGGUUGGUCAAGCUAAGGAUGCAGAUGUCAUGGUUGUUCCCAUCGUUGGAAUGGGGGGUCUGGGCAAGACCACAUUAGCACAACUUGUUUACAAUGAUGAUGAAAUUCGGAAGCAUUUCGAUUUGUUGCUAUGGGUGUGUGUCUCUGACUGCUUUGAUAUGGAUUCUCUGGCUGAUAGUAUAGUUAAAGCAGCUCCUGGGAAGAAGGAUUAUGGUACAAAAGCAGAUGAUUCCAACAAAAAGAAUGAUGGUACAGAAGCAGCUCCUGGGAAGAAGGAUUAUGGUACAAAAGCAGAUGAUUCUAACAAGACACCACUUGAUGACCUUCAUAAAGUUCUGAGCGGGCAAAGCUACCUCCUUGUAUUGGACGAUGUCUGGAAACGACAUGAGCGUAUCUGGGGGGAGCUGAUGGCAUGCCUUCAACAUGGUGGCAGGGGUAGUGUGGUCUUGACAACAACUCGUGAUAAAGGGUUGGCUACAAAAAUGGGUUGUGAUGGUAAAACCUAUGAGCUCGCAUAUUUGGAAGAUAAAUUCAUAAAGGAAAUCAUUGAGAGAAGAGCGUUUAGAUAUUUGCCCAAGGAAGAGAAAAGGCCUGAAAGGUUGGUAGAUAUGGUUGAUGAGAUUGUAAAGAGAUGUGCUGGCUCUCCUUUAGCAGCAACAGCACUCGGCUCUGUACUAUGUACCAAGACCAGUGAGCAAGAAUGGAAAGAUAUAUUAACCAGUAGCAGCAUUUGCACCGAGGAGAUUGGAAUCUUACCUAUACUCAAGCUCAGUUACAAUGACUUGCCAUCGCAAAUGAAGCAGUGCUUUGCUUUUUGUGCUAUAUUUCCCAAAGAUUACGAGAUUGAUAUGAACAAGUUGAUCCAACUAUGGAUUGCACAUGGCUUCAUCCAAGGAAGGCAAUCUCAUCUUGAAACCAUCGGCAAACAGAUUUUCGAUGAGCUAGCAUCAAGUUCAUUCUUUCAGGAUGUAAAAAAAGUCCAAGCCACAAGUAGUCGACACUCCAUGUUGUGUUACUCCAGAACAACAUGUAAAAUCCAUGAUCUUAUGCAUGAUGUUGCACUUUCGGUAAUGGAAAAGGAAUGCGCCUUGGCAACUGAGGAAACAAGUCAGAGUGAGUGGCUUCCAAACACAGCUCGGCAUUUAUUUUUGCCAUGCAAGGACCCAGAAAAAAAACUGGAUAGUUCUCUGGAGAACAGCUUUCCAGCCAUCCAAACACUUCUGUGUGAUGGUUAUAUGAGUAGUUCAUUGCAACAUCUAUCCAAAUACAGCUCUUUGCAAGCGUUACAGCUCCACUCAUUUGGAAGAUCAUUUCCACUGAAACCAAAGCAUCUACAUCACCUCAGAUACCUAGAUCUUUCAGGAAGUUGGAUAAAAGCACUUCCCGAAGAUAUGAGCAUUCUAUACAACCUGCAAACGCUGAACCUCGCUGGUUGUAGUUCUCUUUGUAGACUUCCAAGACAAAUGAAGUACAUGACUUCCCUGCGUCACCUUUACACUCAUGGUUGUCCAGAGCUGAAGAGGAUGCCAAAAGACCUCGGAAGACUCACAUCCCUACAGACACUUACAUGCUUUGUAGCAGGUAGUGGCUCUAGUUGCAGUAAUGUGGGAGAGCUAAGAAAUCUAAAACUUGGUGGUCAACUAGAGCUAUGUAAUCUGGCAAACGUGAAAGAAGAGGAUGCAAAAAAAGCAAACCUCAUGAACAAGGAGGAGCUAAGAGAACUGACAUUAACAUGGACCUUGAAAUGGAAUUAUUCUCAAGAUAAAACCAGCUGGCGGGAUAAUGAAGAGGAUGCAAAAGUGCUCGAGAAUCUCAGACCUCAUGAUGAACUGGAUGCGAUAGGGAUACACUCAUAUGGAGCCACCACCGUCCCGACAUGGAUGACUGUGUUGCAAAACUUUGUUGUGAUCCAUCUUUUCAGCUGUACAAAACUAGUAUGGUUGUUCAGCCGUGACUGUGAUACAUCGUUUGCAUUUCCAAACCUGAAGGAGCUUAUGCUAAAAGGUCUUGUUGGUUUGGAGAGAUGGUGGGAAGAAGAUAAGGAUGGGAUGCAAGGAGAGACGAUGAUGUUUCCUCUACUUGAGAAGCUGCAUAUUAUUGACUGUGUAAAGUUGAAAGCACUGCCAGGACAUCCGACCUUCCCUGAGCUGCAGAAUGUAUGCAUUGAGAAUUGUCCAGAGUUGACAACUACAGCUAAAUCACCAAAGCUCAGUGUAUUGGACAUGGAAGGAUACGAGGCAGAGUUCUUCUUGUGGGUAGCGAGACAUAUGACUUCAUUGACCAAUCUGAAACUGACUAGCAUUGAACACAGUAAAGAUACAACCUCGAUGGGGGCUGAGAAUAGUCUGAGGGAAGUGGUGAACAUCAAGGAAAAAGGGAACGAUAAAGAUUUUCCUCUGGCAGUUUUGGUGUUAAGAGGCUUUAAGUCAGUUGUAACUGUAACAGAGUUGUGUGCAUGCUUUGUACACCUUCAAGAUUUGUCAAUUGUGAGGUGCCAUGGGCUCGUCCACUGGCCAAAAAAAUUGUUCGAAGGAUUGGUAUUGUUGAGGAGGCUAGAGAUUGAAAAUUGCGAUAAUCUGAUUGGAUAUACACAAGCUUCUGCUGAGCCAUCGACGUCAUCAGAAACCAGUCAGCUCCUGCCACGUCUAGAGUCUCUGACGAUAUGGAGUUGUGAAAACUUGGUUGAGCUCUUCAACUUCCCUGCAUCUCUCAAGACAAUAGGCAUUUAUUAUUGCGGUAAGCUUGAGUCCACAUCCGGCAGGAAGGUGCAGCCGGGACAGUCAGUAUCAUCGAUUCAUCAAGGGUCAUCCAGUAUACAAGAUUUAUCAUUAUACCACUGUGACGGCUUAACAGGGGUCCUCUAUCUCCCCCCGUCCCUCAAGAGACUAGACAUUGUUGACUGUGGCGGGUUGGCAUCUCUGGAAUCCUGCUCUCCCGAGUGCAAAUUCUUGAAGUUCCUCCAGCUUCGGGGUUGCAAGACCCUGGAAUCCCUACCGGAUGUGCCGCAAGCAUACCCAUCUCUCCAAUAUCUUUGCAUUAGAGACUGCCCUGGUAUGAAGACGCUUCCUGCCAGCCUGCAGCAACGCCUUGGCAGCAUCCAACAGGAACACCUAGAUGCUCGUCUUUAUGAAAAUAAGCCAAGGCCUAUGCUGCUGAAGCCGAAGACAUGGAAGUAUGUCUGCAAAGGCUGA